AUGGCACACAAGAAAACGCUAACGUUGGGUGUCCUGAUACUGUUUGCUGUCCUGGCCGUCGCGAUAGCGGUACCAAUCGCGACCAAUACCGACGUAGAUAACAACGUGGCGCCCCAAGUCAACCAGCUUUUCGGGAGGACAGUGCUCGACGAGGUGCCUUUGAUUGACGGCCACAACGACCUGCCGUGGAAUCUGUACAACUUUGAACGCAACCGCAUCAAUCAGUUCGAGCUGAACAGCAACCUCAAGGAGCAUCCAGUGUGGGGUCCUUCGACGAGCAGUCACACGGACAUUCCGCGGCUCAAGGCUGGUAAGGUCGGGGCGCAAUUUUGGGUGGCGUAUGUGAGCUGUGGAAAUCAGUAUAAGGAUGCGGUCGAGCGGACACUGGAACAGAUCGACGUCAUCAAACGCUUGGUGCGCAAGUACUCGCAGCACAUGAAGUACGUUACAUCCACGCAGGGCAUCAUGGAGGCGUUUGCUGAGGGCAAGAUCGGCUCACUCAUUGCGGUAGAGGGUGGCCACUCGAUAGAUUCACGGUUGGCGGUACUACGCAUGUACUACGAACUUGGCGUGCGAUAUAUGACCCUGACGCACUCGUGUGAUACACCCUGGGCUGAUGCAUCACCGAUCGAUAAUCAACCGGCGGCUACGCUUCGAAACGUCACCGGAUGGGGUCGAAAUGUAGUGUGGGAGAUGAACCGUCUUGGAAUGCUUGUAGAUCUGUCUCACGUGAGCCACGGAGUCAUGGUGGAUGUGCUCGAGCACACGAAGGCUCCAGUGAUCUUCAGCCACUCGUCGUCACACGCCGUAUUCCAGCACCAUCGAAACGUGCAAGAUGACGUGCUGAAGAAGGUGAUCGACAACCAAGGCAUCGUCAUGGUGAACUUUUACACCGGUUUCAUCGGAGGAAGAUCGAUCGACAAUGUGAUCAAUCAUCUUAACUACAUCAAAAGCGUCACCGGUCCAGAUCACAUAGGGCUGGGUGGAGACUUUGACGGAGUGGAUUCCGUACCUGUGGGCCUGGAUGAUGUUUCCAAGUAUCCCGACCUGUUCGAUCUGCUCGCCGAUGGCGCAUACGCGAACGGUACUACGUAUGAGCCCUGGACGCGCGAGGAUCUGCGAAAACUCGCAGGGGAAAAUCUACUACGCGUUUUCAAAGAGGUCGAGCGGGUCCGAGAUGAAAUGUUAGAUGUGGCACCGUACGAAGAUUUAAUUCCGUAUCAGGACUUCGUCGAUGUUGGCGCAGGUGAUCAACCCUGUAUGAGCGAUAUUGAUAUUCACAAAGAAUAAAUCGUUACAAUUU